UUCCAAAGAAUGACAGCUAGGCGAACGUUUGAGUAAAAAUGAGGUUGUGGGUGUUUCGUUAAAGAUGUUACAUUCUGAUAUUCUGAAUCUUAAUUUUAUUAACAAUACAUAAAAAAAAACAAAAAUGUAUUUUCCUAUUGGAUGGCCUAAAAUUUUAAGGACUCCUGAACUUACUGAUGAGAACAUAAUUCAAGUAGUAUGUAAUCGCGAUAAGAUUCUUUUUGUUGUUUUGACAGAUGACACAAUUUCUGUAUGGUUCACUAAGCCAUGUGUUUUGAUUGUUCAUCAUCGUAGAGAUCAGGAAUCAUUGGAGAAACUUGGCAGUAAUACAAUAGUAGAAUGGAAGCCCGAUUCGACUAUGCUAGCAGUAGUGACUGUUGGAGGGCAUUUAAUUCUUUAUGAUGUCAGUUUUUCGGAAGAGCUCUCUAGAGGUGGAGUUUAUCAGCAGAAUGAUCCCCCACAGCCGAGUUUGCGUAGAGAUAGUGCUGAACUAUUUGUUCGAGAGGUAGUACCAGCUCUAACACUUACUCGGCGAAUGAUAUUAUCUCCGUGGCGCGGAAGAAUAGCUCGCGCGGCUUGUGUCAGUGCUACUGAUAUAUUGUUGGCCACAGAACGGGGCCAUCUUGUUCGAUAUCGUUGGGAUGGAACUCUUUGUGAUGGGGAAUGUGCCCUGGAUCUUAGUUGCAUUUCGUUUUAUUAUGGGGGUACACACUGUGGUAGUGCAUUACCUGCUCCAGAUAAUGCAUAUGUUAUUGAUAUGGAAUACUCACCCUUAAUUGGGGGUUUUGCUAUUGUGAUGAAUGAUGGCCGAGCUGCUUUUCUUACUGGAUCUGUUACAAGGUUUGAACCAAAUCAAGUGCAAGGAAUGUGGGCAAUUGAUAUUGAUGAUGCUACUUGUGUUAGUGUGAAUCACAAAUACAGACUUAUAGCUUUUGGUCGAAAAAAUUCAACAGCAACAGUUUUUACUAUUGAUGAACAUUCUGGACAGCUUGAACUAUCUCAUCAUAUGCGUCUUGGUGCUAAAGAUUGGGGUUAUGGUUUGGGGGCUGUCCGGGCUAUGACUGUGACUCCUGAUGGUUGUGCCACUGCUUUAACUUGGCAAUCAGGCGGUCUUUCAGUUUGGAGUACAUUUGGGGCGCUGCUAAUGUGUACAUUGGCAUGGGAUUAUGGAUUAAUUGAAAAUACUGUUAAUAUAAUUAGCAUGGAUUGGUCAAUGGAGGGCUAUCAACUUUAUAUGGUGCGCUGGCAAGAUAAAGCUGCUGAAUUACAACCAGUCAGUCCAACUUCUACAAAAAAGAAUGGUUCAACCAGCCUAUUACAAUUAGAUUUUGUAAAAAGUCUUUUAACAGUCAAUCCUUAUAUGAGUCAGCAUGCACAUUUAUAUCUACAAGGUGAUGAUAAAAUUUAUAUCAAUUUGUGUGAAAACCUUAAAACAGGCCAUGCUAUGAAAAAAUAUGACACAAUGUCUUUCGAUAUGAACAGUAUGCCAACUGGCAUGACCUCGAUUGGAGUAAUGCCUUCUGAAAGUAAACAAUGGAUGAUCAUCACAAUACCAUCUCAAUAUUCUGCUACAAAUUGGCCUAUUAGAUAUGCCGCUGUAGAUAAUGAUGGUCUACAUAUAGCUGUAGCUGGUCGAUAUGGAUUUGCUGUUUAUAAUGUGGUCACAAGAAAAUGGAAAUUAUUUGGCAAUGAAACACAAGAAAAAGAUUUUGUAGUUACUGGUGGACUUCUGUGGUGGCGUGAAUAUGCAGUUAUGGGUUGCUACAGUAUAUUGCAAAACAAACAUGAAGUUCGAUUUUAUCCAUUAGAUUGUAAAUUAGAUAAUAAAUUUGCGACAAUUUUGUCAAUGCAGUCACAAGUUAUGGUUAUAAACUCCAUAAGCGAUAGUCUAGUUAUUUUUUGUGGUGAUGGGGUUAUAGAUAUUUAUAAAAUGUCUCGUAAUGAAGCAGGUGGUUUUGUAAAUACUUCAAGAAUUCAAGAAGUGGAUAUAACUGCUUUGUGUGUACACCCAGCUUGUGUUAUAUCAGUAGCACUAACCAGACUACGAGCAGAGAGCUUCAGUAGAAUGCAUUACCAUGACAAAACUAUGGUGCUAAAUGUUAGUGGUCGCUUGAUGAUGGUCCAAAGAGAGGUGACUGCAGAUGCAGUUGAUGUGACAUACACCUGUUCGCCGCCCAUGGUACUUGCUUCAUGCGUGGAAAAUGCUUGGGCCCCGUCUGUUUUUCGUGCAGACAAGCCCCACUUGACUGAAGCCCUUUGGCUAUAUUGUGGGGCACACGGCAUGCGAGUUUGGCUACCAAUAUUUCCAAGAGCUGGUGAUCGCCUACAACAUCAUCACGCAUUUAUGAGCAAACGGAUUAUGCUUCCAUUCCAUCUUAAAAUCUAUCCUCUUGCUAUUUUAUUCGAAGAUGCUAUAAUACUAGGCGCAGAGAAUGAUACAACUCUUUACACGUCAGACUCUAAUUCCGAAUUCUCAUUACCAUUCUGCGUUUUGGAAAGAACUAGUCAAGUAUAUCUUCACCAAAUACUUCGUCAAUUAAUACGUAGGAAUUUAGGAUAUCACGCAUACGAGAUUGCAAUCAGUUGUACAAAUCUUCCUUACUUUCCACAUUCAUUGGAAUUACUUCUGCAUGAGGUUUUAGAAGAAGAAGCAACUUGUAAGGAACUUCCAGAUGCCCAGCUUCCCAGUAUCAUCGAGUUUAUUCAAGAAUUUCCAGUUUAUUUGCAGACGGUUGUUCAAUGUGCACGAAAAACGGAAAAAAUAGCGCUUUGGCCUUGCUUAUUUAGUGUAGCCGGGAAGCCCAAAGAAUUAUUUAAGCAAUGUUUGGCUAAACAACAGCUUGAUACUGCUGCUUCUUAUCUUAUUAUUUUACAGAAUCUUGAACCAUCAUCCGUUAGUCGUCAGUUUGCUACCCUUUUGUUGGACACAGCUUUAGAAAAAUCUAAAUGGGAGUUGUCAAGGGAUCUAGUACGGUUUUUAAGGGCCAUAGAUCCUAAUGACAUAGAAUCACCCAGGACAUCAUUUAUUAUUCCCAAUAAAUUAGGACUGGGUCAACAGUCUCCUCCAGUAAUACCAAAUGCUGAAGAAUUAUCACUUAUUCUUGGAUCUAUGCAGGUUGCUCGAGGCCGUAGUUUCAGUACAACUUUAUCUCCAAAAGCCCAAAUUGAAGGAAUUAAUGCUAACUUUCCUACAACGCAGAAACAAAUGAUAUCGCCUGGAGCAGUGUCUUUAAAGAAACAAAAUGUUUCAACGAAAACAACUAUUCCAGUUUCCAGUAGUUCUAUUAUUACUGAAAAUACUCAAAGGAAGAAAUCCACUAGCAGUAUGAAGAAUGAAAACAAGGAUAGUGCAUCUUCUGCUGAACAUUUCUUUAUAGAUCUGAUUCUUCAAAGACAUGCUCGAAGACUUCUAAGUUGUAGAGAACUCACUCAACUUGGGCAACUAUCAGCUUUUUUGGAUCUUCCUCUAGUUCGAUGGCUAAAUAAAGAGCGCGAUCGAGCAGCUCGCGUUGUGUUCAUCACAGCUCUUAAAAGUUUACAUGAUGAAUUUGACUGGCCCAAACCAGAGCAUGAUAUAAGCAAAAAUACUGAUAUUCAAUCCGAAUGCUCAUCAAACUCUGUAGUUAAUAGACCCACUUCCUUAUCAAUGAUUCAGAAUCAUGGCAAAAUUGAAGGUGAUAGUGGAUACAUGAGCUACUCCGGAGGUUUUCAUACCACUGGUGUUUCUACGCCUGUAAAUAGUCAAGAAACAAUUAGUGCCAUGGUGGUUUCACCACAACAUAUAGCAAAUAAUUACAACGACGCUAGCAAUUCUUAUUCUAAUCAAAAAAUAAAUAAUAUUGAAGCUAAACUUGUUUCACAGGACUUUUCAAGUAUAUGUAGUGAACAGAUGUCUCAUAUGACUGAGGAUAUAUCAUUGCAAUCACCUGAUGUGGAGAUGUGCUAUAAUACAGUAUUAGAAUCAAUAUCUAAUCAAACACAUAAAAAAGGAACCAAAGCAGAGGUCCAACUUAGGUAUUUAUUGCAAAUGUUUAUGGAAGCAGGUUGCUUGGAAUGGGCUUUAAUUAUAGCAGUGAUUUUGCAAGAUGCAAUGGCAGUUUUAAGAACUUCUAGUGCUGCAAAAUCUAAUGAACAAAGUAUUGAAAAUGUUUGUAGACUUCGAGAUGGACUCAAUAGCAUUUGUCAAUGGGCGCAAUCUGAAUGUCUUGGUUAUGUUCCCUUCAUAUUAGCAAUACAAAACCAAAUUUCUGUGUUGAAUCGGUUGUUGUCUGUUAAAACUCAACAGAAAUCUGUUAAUGUUGAUAAAGCAAUUUCUUGUAUAAGCAAAGAUCUAAUAGCAAUAAAUGAACAGAACACAAGUAGCACAGGAGAAAAUGUGAGGAAAGUUUUAAAUACAUCUCCAAAAUCUCAAUCUUGCAUUAGCCAUACAGAUGUCACAAAUUCCAUACAUGGUAGUCAAGGAACAGUAAAAAAUUCAAAUAAAAGUAUACAUACUCAAAAUAGUUUUAAUAAUUCCCAUUUAUGCGAGAAUGGUAAUAUGGUUGCAUGUGAUAGUAAUACAUCCAAUUAA